AUGGAUACCGCUGCCAAGAUUCCUAACCCUGUGAAGACCCUACAGGAGGAGGCAGUGUGCGCCAUCUGCCUCGAUUACUUCACAGACCCCGUGUCCAUCCGCUGUGGGCACAACUUCUGCCGAGUGUGUAUAACUCAGUUGUGGUUCAGGCAGCAGGAUGAGGACAGAGAGGAGUUAGAAUGGGAAGAGGAGGAGGAGGAAGACAUUGAGGAGGCUGUGGGGGCCAGUGUCGGAUUGGAAACGCCCGUUGUGGACGAUGACUUGGAGCGUGACAUGGAGGAGGAGUUUGAGGGGCCCGUUGGAAACAGGGAGUCCAACUGGGAUUCCGUGUGGGGGGAGGAGGAGGAGGAGGAGGAGGAAGAGGAAGAGCAGGAUGUAGUGGACAUGCAGGAGGAGCACCUCAGUUGGGAGGAUGAGGAGGAAGUUCUGGCAGAGGGUGAGGAAGAGGAGCUGGACCACGCCACCCCACUGUCUCCUCCUCCAGAGCCUCAGAGGUGCUUCACUUGCCCCCAGUGCCGAAAGAGUUUCCAUCGGUGGAGCUUCCGCCCCAACCUGCAGCUGGCCAACAUGGUGCAGGUGAUUCGGCAGAUGCACCCAAACCCUGCCCAAGGGAGCCAUGUAAAUGAGCAGGCCAUGUGUCCCAAACACCAAGAAGCCCUGAAGCUCUUCUGCCAGGUAGACGAAGAGGCCAUCUGUGUGGUUUGCCGUGAAUCUCGGAGGCACAAACAGCACAGUGUGGUGCCGGUGGAGGAGGUGGUGCAGGGGUACAAGGCCAAGUUGCAGGGGCAUCUGGAACCCCUAAGGAAGCACCUGGGGGAGCUCCAGGACAUGAAAGCUGAGGAGGAGAGGCGGUUGGCAGAGCUAAACAGCCAGAUGGAUUUAGAGCUGGCAGGUGCAGCCUCUGAGUUUGGGCAGCUGACCGAGUUUUUGGAGGAAGAGCAGGCACAUCUGCAGUGGCUCAUCCAAGAGAUGUACAAAGCAAAGAUGGGAAGAGCUAGAGCCAACGUCAACCACUUCUCAGAGCAGUUUACCAAACUGAGUGGCCUGCUGGCUGAGGUCCAGGAGCGGAGCCAGCAGGGAGGCCUACUGCUUCUCCAGGAGACUCUCAAAAAGUGUCAAGAGGUAUUGCAGCAGCCCCCAAAUAUCUUCCCCCCUGAAAUGUCCCAACCCCUUGGUGAUGACUUCAGGACAGACGCCAUCGUGAGGAAAAUGAGCCGAGUGUUCUGUAAGGAUACAAGAGUGGACCUGAAGCCAGAUCCUGAUGCAGCUCCUCUGGCUCCGAAUCUGUCCACCGAUUCUGUGAUCCACCUGGUGGAGAGGCGGCGGGAGGUUUUUGACCAUCCCUACACAUUCUCAGCCCUCAGCUGACUGUUGUGGCCAGGGGGCCAGAACAUAUGCUGUGAAUGGCACUAUUGGUAGGUAAAUAUGGUCAGUGGAGUGUUUAUACUGUCGGCAGUGCUCAUGAAUAGACACAUCCUAAGUAAAAGAUGGACUUGGAGAGGAGCUUUGUGGACACUGUGGAUGCGUACUUCUCACAUCAUCAUCCAAGCUAACGGCUUCAGUUGCCCAAGCAGCACCUGCUACAGCAGCUAGUGUUGUGUGAGGAUACCGCUGAUAACCAUUACGGGGCACAGAGCUCAAAAGAGCAGACACUGCUGAGACCAGGUGAGAAACCACAGCACGUUGGAAUGUACCUGAACUGAGAGUCUGAGUGUGUGGGCUUCUACAACGCACUCCUCAUCUGACCUCCUAGCAAGGGUGUCUUCCAUUCUUCCACAUGCUCUCCAAAGUCACCUGCUCCAAGCUGUGCCCCUGAUCAGUCACUCAUCUGCCAGUGCCACUUAUGUCAUCUCUGCAUGGAUAGGUGGUGAUGGAGGAUGUUUCAUAACUUUAUAUUCUCAAGGCUCCUCCCACCAUGUUACUGCCUUCCUUCUGACUCCUUCUUGAACCCAGGCCCCUGCUUCACUCUCUAGGAGCUGCAAGUACACUUCUGGCCUCCAUUUCAGCCUUCUCACCUACUGUGUCUGUCCACUAUGGGAUCCCUGAUAAUGACAUCAGCUGUCUGUUUUUCCCAGUCUGUCUAGCCCAGUCGAGGCCUGGGGUCUGAGUUUGAGUAGGGGAUGAGAGCAGACUAAUUUCUUACCUUAACAUCAUUUUUCCCCAACCCCUGUUCAACUUUAUGUGAAUCCUGAGGCUCCCGGGUUUCUGCUACCAUUGCAGCAUCAUGAUUCCAACUCCAGUUUCUGGUGCAAAUUUUACUAAAUGAUGUGGAAUCUGUUUUGAGGGAGCAAGAUGGGUGAAAGGAUAGAGCUGGGUAAAAAAAAAAAUCCUGCUUUCCUCUGGAAACUUUACGGAUUCUAUACUUUCCUUAAAUCCCCAAUUUCUUCCUGCAUAGACCAAACAGAGCUUAGCUUCAGUGGCACAUCUGGCAUAACCCAGCAAGUUGUCUUCUCCCCCUUCCUUUUCCCAGCACUGUUAAUUUGGGAAGAAAGGUCAUCCCAUCCUACCCCUCCAGGUCUCACUGCCAAACUCUUCUCUUCUGUUCAUGUAGUUGCUUUUAUCAGUUUCCAGCCUGUCUCUCUCUGCCUUUUAGUUCCUUCCAUUUGGUCAGCCCUGUCCCUUAGAAAUGCAUGUAACAUGUAGGUAUUGAGUUGCCUGAAAUUUUGUAACACCACACUGGUAAUAUACCUUUGCAAUUACAUCUGUCCAACCUCUUUUAAUCCAAGGAACAACUACUGCUUGCCAAAGUUGCUUAAAAUUUUCACAGAAUGUUUCCUAUCACUUUGUGUACAUUAUUUACAAAAAUAUUAUACUAUCCUAAUCUUUCUUAAAACACACUAAGCGUUGGGUGCCUUCAUUGUUGUGCAUUGAGUUUAGCUGCCUUUUACAGGGCCAGCAUCCCAUAUGAACACAAGUUUGAGUAUUGGAUGCUCUCCUUCUGAACCAGCUCCCUAAUAAAAUGAUUCAAGAUCAAAUGGACAUAUUUAGAAGAUAUCUCAGGCUAUAACCAUUGUUACCUUUGCUCCUGGGAAAGCGCAGAAACUUUCCCAGGUCUUUGGGCCUCUGCACUCAUGUAGGAGACCGAGAUGAGUACCAGGCUCCUGGCUUUGUCCUGGCCCAGCCCUGCCCGUUGUGACCACCUGAGGAGUAAAGAACAGAUAGAAGAUCUCUCUGUGUCUCUCCCUUUGUCUUUGUACCUCUGUCUUAUAAAUAAAUAAAUAAAUCUAUAA